AUGACCACCGCAUCCCCCACCAUCCUCCUCCCCCACCUCCCCCCCAAGACCCUCGUCGGCAUCGACCUGAUCACCUUCACCUCGACCGCCAACUUCCACGGUAUCCGCGAUUUACCUGCGGGGUGGCACUUCCUCUACACCGGCACGACCGAAAGUCUCUCCCUGCGGAGCGGAAGCUGGUUCUACGUUGGGGAUUUGGGUAGCGCUGCCGCCGCUGCUACGAAUCCCGGCGCACUCGUCUCCCUCCACCAACAGACUCAACGGCAGCAGCAAGAAUAUGGCCAAGACAUCAUAGUUUGGAAAUGGGACACGGAGAGUGAAACGCUCGCGCCGUUGAGCGCCGCUAGCGAUGCGGAUCGGCAGGAGGCGAUGCGGCAGAAGGCGAAUCUGGGGGCGGUUUAUCGGCGGGGCGGGUUGUUUCGGUAUCGGAGUCGGGUGACGGAGGCGAUGUUGGCGAUGCAGUCACAAAAGCAGCAGCAGCAGCAGCGGGGAGUGCGGUUUGAAGAUGAAGAGGUAGAAGGGGAGGAGGAUGAGGAGGAGCAGGAUGGGAGGAGGGAUUGGCGAGGUUUGACGGAUAGGAUUACGGAGGGGUUGCUGGAUCGGAUUGUUGGGGUUCCUGUUGUGGAUGUGGAUGGGAGGGCUCGGUGGAUGGUUACCUCGGCGAGUACCGCGCUGAGGGAUAGUGAUGCUAUUCCUGGGUUGACCGUGGAGGAAGAGGAAGGGGGGGAGCAGAGGUUAGAUGAGGGGGCGAUUGAGAGGGUGACCGGGGAGAAGGAACGGGAGUUCUCGUUUGCCCCGGUGGAUCUGAAGCGGACGUGGAGGGAGGGUGCGAUUGGGAGGGAGAGGACCGAGGCCGCCCAGGAUCGUUCGUGGGCUUUGGGAGACUUGAUUGAUAGGGUUUCAUCGGGUUCAGGGGCCAAGGAUGCUGAGAGGGAGAGGGUUGGGGAAGGCCAGUUGCUGGGCGAGCUGCAAUUCUCUUUCUUGAUGAUCCUGACUUUGAUGAAUUAUUCGUGUCUGCAGCAGUGGAAGCGUUUGCUGGAGCUGAUUCUCACUUGUCGGAGUGCGAUCCGUGAGCGGGGGGCGUUCAUGAGUGAUCUGCUGCGCUUGCUCUUGCUGCAGCUGCGCCGUUGUGACGAUGUAGAGGGGGGUUUGUUUGACCUUGAUGGAGAAGAAGGCGGUGCGUUCUUGCGGAAGCUACUGAUGAAGUUCCGGAAGUCGCUAUAUGAGGUUCUCGAAGAGACAGACUCCCAGGUGAAGACGGAGUUCGAGAAGCUUGAGGCUUUCGUCAAAGAGGAAUACGACUGGGAGCUCAAUCGCGACGUGAUCCUUCGACGAGGUAUGGUUCAGCUGGAGGAUGGUGAGCAGGUCGAGCUGGAGGUGGCGGGUGACAAUGAAGAAGAGGAGCUUGGAGAAUAUGCGCCUAUGGUUGUGGACCUUGGAGAGGGCACUGGAAUGGACGAUAGCGAUUCUAGUGAGAACCUGAAUUAG